AUGAAUCACGUAAAUGGUGAACGUUCUACUUGGCCAGAAAAUGUUGGUAUUUUAGCGAUAGAAGUGUAUUUUCCAUCGACGUAUGUAGACCAAGGCAAACUUGAAGAAUAUGAUGGUGUCAGCAAAGGCAAGUACACUAUUGGUCUUGGACAGACCGGGAUGGGGUUUUGUGGAGAUCGCGAGGACACGAAUUCUCUCAGUUUAACCGUCGUACAAAACUUACUGGAGAAGAACUCAAUUGAUCCAAAUCAGAUUGGGAGACUAGAAGUGGGCACUGAAUCUAUAUUGGAUAAAUCUAAGUCAGUGAAAACUGUGCUGAUGCAAUUGUUUGAACAGAGUGGGAAUUCUGAUAUUGAAGGAGUGGAUACUAUCAAUGCCUGUUACGGUAGCACGCAGGCAUUUUUUAACGCGCUGGAUUGGGUGGAAAGCAGUGCCUGGGACGGUAAGCCAACUAGUUAAAAAUUAAUAUCGACUCACCUACAAUCAUCUAAAAGUUUUACAUGAACACAACACUAUUAUAGAUGCUCUUAGUUUGGUUUAGUUUGGUUGCUUUUUGGCGCCACAAUUUACAGAAUUUUACAAGAAUACAAGGAAAUUUUACAUAAGAAAAAAUAACGAUAAGAUUACAAGACAGAAGAUGACAUAACAGGAGAGGAACAGGACUUUCGUCCCCGACUGACACGGGCCUGACCUCAGGCCUGACCUCUUCAAAAUGAUCCAACAGUGUCAAUUUUUCGUUUAUAACGAAUGAAACACCUAGCACAUUUGAGACAUUUGUUUAGUACAUCAAACUCGUUUCCAUUUUAAUAAUAGUUGAAUUUAUUCGCGCAAAGCGACUUUUUGCCUUGUCGGCAUCGCUUAUCACGUCAGCAAAAACGAUGCCGACAAAGGUCAAAGGAAAAGGUGAUUCGCGCGAUCAAAUUCGCCUAUAAAGGAAUAGCCCGCGUGCAGGCCCAAGGGAACUGAUACUUGGGCCUGCACGCGGGCUACUUAAUUUUAUAUUAUUAAGAUCCUCUCGAGAAUACGAGAUAUCGUUAUGCAAUAAGGUCCGGGUUAGGGUAAAACGCUGAUACGGACGGACGGACGGACGGACGGACGGACGGAUGACCUAUUUUUCUCUAAAAUAUGUUUUAAACAUCAUAUCCGCGUUUUACCCAAUCGGGUAAAACGCGGAUAUGGUAUGGUGUAAAAUAUACUUUUCGGCUCGUUAAAAGGCAUAUCCGCUGCAUAUUAGGUUGUGUACAAUUAAAUCGUAUCCGAUGGGCUUAAAAUCGAAAUAGACUUAUUCCAUCAGAAGUGCAUAUCGGUCAAGGCAAAUUUCUUUAAAUUCGACGAUGUUUGCAUGAUUUAAUUGAUUAAUAAGUCGUGUUUCUUUCAGUAGCAAUUUUCUUGCUUCAAGACUCGAGUCCCGAAGUUUUUUAACCACGAUCUUUUCAUGUUCACCCGGGAGCAUCGCUGUUAGCACAAUGCCAAACCUGCCGUCGCCAAUUUCAUCUUUAUCAACCAUUGAUCGAUAUGAAUACUGCGAUAAACCUUCAACAUCUACGGUUUCGUGAUUUUUUGAUUGAUUACAAUUUUUCAGACUGCCAAACGACGACAUUUUAUUGAGCUGAUUGACUACACUGAACAAAUACAGUUUGCAAGGAGUUCAACUGUUCAAACUUCAAAAUUCGCUCCACUUGUACCUGUCACGGUGUCAGGAGCGGGGCGAAACAUCGCGAGAUAUUAUAUUUUAUACUAAAUAUAUACGCGAGAGCAUUUUACACCGCCAUAUCCGCGUUUUACCCGAUCGGGUAAAACGCAUUCUCGUACCCAAAGCCCUUCUUAUGCGCGUUCGACCGAGCACGACGAGGGACUCCAUAUCAAACUGGCUUCUGAUUGGCCACAACUAAAUAUAUGGUUUAUUGUAUAAAAUAUGAAUAAAAAUCAGGCGCUCCAUAAAGCGUUGGUUUCGUUUUGGAGAAAAUUGGGAGAAAAGACAUUAUUAAAGUUGAAAGAACAGCAGUACGAAGCAGUUAGGAAGAUUGUUGUUGAUAAUCCGGCCCACAAUAAAGCGGUAGAUGUCGCUAAUUUUAUUUCAGUUUAAAUCAAUUAGUUGAUUAAAAUUAAUAGGUUGAGAUGUGAUGUUCUCAUAGCAAAAAGUCAGCAUAUUUAUGGCAGAUGCUCGUCGUAUUUCCAAAUCAGUGAUGUUAAUCAAACAAAUCUGUGUUACAUGUUCAAAGCUGAAGUGCCAUCUGAAGAGAAAAUAUUAAAGUCAGCCAGAAUAUGAAGUUAAUUGUGAUGACUAUUUUCUUCCUAGAAACCGAUUUUUUACAAUUUUCAAAUGAUUUGCAGUAUAGUAUGUCUUAUGUAUGACUGUUGACUUUUAAUAAAACACAAAAAAGUCUAAAAAUCUGUACAACAGCGACUUAAAAUCGAAUAUAAAAUAGUGAGACAAUCUCUCGUCUUCGUAUCCGUAGCCAUUACUGCUUUGGUAACGUUUAAGAGGGAAAUAUAUACUAAAUUUUUAUCAACAUGCAUUGAGAACAUCACGUCUUACGUACUAAUUGAUUUAAAUAAAUAAAAUUAGCGAAACCUACCGCUUUUGUGGGGUUUUCCUGGAGUAAAACUUUCAAAACGAAACAAACAAGAAAACCGAAGUGUUUAUCCGCGUUUGACGUAGUGAUGGGCGAUACUAUCGAAAAACUGUAACGAAAUCAUCGAUACUUACAAAAGUAUCGAUACUUUCGAUACUCGCAAAACAAAAACAUGUAGCUAAUUAGCAAUAUAUUUAUGGAAAACAUUGAACACGUUGAUAUUGUUUAGAUUUAAAAUCAUAAUUGCAAAUGUUAUGUUCUUUUAACAUUAAUGUUCUUGUUUUAAAAGUUAUUUUAAUAAAUGGAAAAAAUUGAGUAUCGGUAUCGAUUUUGGUAUCGGUAUCGACCAAAAUUCAUGGUAUCGGACUGGUAUCGUAUCGAAACCAAAAAAGCUGGUAUCGCCCAUCACUAGUUUGACGUUGAGCAUGCGCAGUGUUAAACUGGAUACCAUGUUUUUAUGGUAUCCGGUUAUGGAUUUGGCCAGAGCCCCUCGUCGUGCUCGGUCGAACGCGCGUAAGAAGGGCUCUGGGUACGAGAAUGGGUAAAACGCGGAUAUGUUUAAAAAUAUUUUAGAGAAAAAUAGGUCGUCCGUCCGUCCGUCGGUCCGUAUCAGCGUACCCUAACCCAAUAUUAAGGUUAUUAAUUAAGUUAUAUAAUUGAUUAUUCCAAUCAAUACAAUGUCGAAUACAAUACAUCAAUCCAGCUAUAACGAGAGAUUAUUGCCAGUCUUAUUAGUUAUAAUAGAACACACCAGUACGAGGGCCAAUCUCAGCAAUCUGUAUAGGGCACUUCCGUUAAGUGAUAGUUGAGUCAUAACCAAGUCAUAACCAGGUCAUAACAAACUAAUAACUGACCUUCGCUGCGAGAGGCCAAUGCAGCUUUACAGUAGCUAUAUAUUAGAUAAUUAGGAGGACCCAUUUUCAACCUAUUAACCUCCCCGAUUGAUGCUUGUUCAUACAGGGGCGAAACUUGAGGGAGCUAUGCCCCCCUCCCCACAAAUACGAAUCAUCCAGAUUGGCAGGGCAAUCAAAGAUUUUAAAUGAUAGAAUGUAGAGUUAUUUUUUAAUUUCAGUUUAAUUCCCCAAUGUCGGCGAACCUUUCCUUUGCAUGAGUUAGCCAUUUGCAUUUCCCCCCAGUUUUGGCUUAAGUCACAUCAAUUAGCGUGACGUCAUAGCGUGUUACUGCUGUGUUACAUUGUGUUUCAAUGUAUACCACGAAGUUACGUCAAACGUGGUAUAUUUGUUUUCAAUAUUCCACGGUGAUGUAAUAACUCCAAAUUUGGACAGCUACCGAGCGGAGAUGACAAUUUCACCGACUGCUCUUAGCCAAUCAGAACUCUUGAAUUAGUUCAAUAAAUAAUAAUAAAUAUUAUUCAACGUGGUUGGACGUUUCAUCUCGGCUAUCCCUAUAGGACGGUUAUUUAUUAUUUGAAAAUACAAUGAGCUCAAUCACCGUGACCGAUAAAACUCAGACAAAAACAUAAUACAAUGGCUUCUGCUCAGUUUCCAGAUAAUCAUAUUUUGAUAGCUAUGGCUUGUCCUACACUAACAAAAAUAUUUUGUAAAUAUUUCUUUAGGUCGUCUUUCUAUUGUUGUCUGUGCUGAUAUUGCAGUAUAUGCUGCUGGCAAUGCUCGACCUUCAGGCGGUGCAGGAGCGGUGGCAAUGCUGAUUGGACCUAAUGCACCAUUAGUUGUUGAGAGAGGUAUAUGUCUAUUUACUAAAUACAGUGAGAAAUAUUUAGUUGAAGCCAUUUCUUGUAUCCCACGGGGAUAUAAACUCCAGGAAAUUCGUAUUUUUACCAAAUAGGGAGGAGAUUGCAAUAAUUUCGGCCAUUGAGUCCUCGGAAAAUGAAUUUCACAUUGAAUAACUCCGUUGCUAAUGUGCCUUGAUCUGAGUUUGCAAACAAGAUUAUCUCACAAUCACAACUUAGAUUAAACUGACAUGUACGUAACUUUCAACUGUGAUGAGUAACAGAGAAUUUCAAUGAACUUCAGAGAACGUCAGGUAAUGCGCGCUUUAUUCAGUAGUUUUUAAACCACUUUUUGUGAAAAGUAUUUUGCUUUUGUUAUUCUAGGAUUGCGUUCAGUGUUUAUGUCUCAUGCUUACGACUUCUACAAACCGAAUCUGGAGUCCCAAUACCCUGUGGUGGAUGGCAAAUUAUCGAUCAACUGCUACCUGAAAGCUGUUGAGAGAUGUUACCAUGGUUACCUGGCGAAAGCCAAGUAUGCGCAGUCCAAACAGAUGAAUGGUCAAUCAUCAACGGAUACGACAUAUCCUAGCUCAAUGGAUGAUAUCGACUAUGCGGUAUUUCAUAGUCCAGUGUGCAAAUUAACGCAGAAAUCAUUGGCGCGCUUGAUCUUCCUCGAUUUCUUGAGAGAAAAAUCUGAAGUGAUUGAGUCAGAUACGAAAUAUGAAAGUCUUAAGGAGUUUAGGUAAGAAUACAUGGCCGGUGUGUUACCUAUCACAUUUUGAUGAAGCGCAUGGUGCAUGGUGAGGUGGCUCUCAACUAUGCCCUUAAACCCUAAAUAUCCCCAACCAAACCCUGGCCGUAAACUUGACCUCAAAACAAAACCUAACCCUGCCUUUUAACUAAACGAUGACCCUAAACCGAACCUUAAAGCAAAUUAAUCUGUAUUUAAGAAUACAUAUAUCUAAUAAUUAUGCAUGUCUGUAUUUGGUUAUUGCGUAACUCCAAGUAAAAGCCAACCGAAAAUUUCCACUUUCUAUUUAGUGACGUUACUGUUGAUCAGUUAUACGAGGAUGAGGCGAGGGCAAAGUUGAUAGAAAAAGCUUCGAUGAGUUUCAGUCUGAAGGAUUUUCAAAAGAAGACCAAAUCAAGUUUGCUUUUUGCCACCAAUGUUGGUAAUGCUUACACAGCCUCAGUGUACGCUGGAUUAGCCUCUCUUUUGGCAAGGUAAAUAAUUACGGACAUAUGCUAAUAGCGCGUUGCAUGCCCCUUACUGCUGAGUUACGCCCAUCACUGUAGGUCAAGUACCUAUAACAGAGACUCGAUGUUCUUGAAAUAUGUUAUGCAGGGCCCUCUCUUAUGCUCUAAAGGUUAUCCCGCUUCUCCUCCACAACCAAAAAGUAAACCUUAGUCAUAGGCGUACAUGACCGGUGGGGGCCGGGGGCCAACUGCCCCCAAAACUUUAGAAAACCAUGGAAAUUCGGACAAAUGCUAGGGAAAAUCAAGAAUAUUCGGACAGAUUUAUCAGAAAAUAUUAUGUUAAAUUCAGGUUAUUUCUUUACAAUCCUCCAUAUAUAAAAAUUCGGGGAGACUUUCAACUGACCCCCUAGUUGAGUAUUUAUAUCAUGCGCCUCCAGUUCGAGUGAAUUGGGCAACAACACCCUGUGUAAUUGGCUUUAAAUAAAAUCUGACUAGACUAGCAACAAGAAAUUAAAUUCUGCUGCAUUUAAUAAUCUCAUUUCUGCUCUUCUUCUUAGCGUAUCUUCAACAGACUUGGCUGGAUGUCGUAUUGGAGUUUUCUGUUAUGGCUCUGGCUACGCCUCUGCCUUUUACUCUAUCAAAGUUUCCCCAGAUCCACACGACUCAAACCUUACCCGAAUUAUCACCAACGUAUCUGACAUGAAAUCAAAGCUCGAAGCAAGAGCGUGCCUUGAACCAGCAGAGUUUGUAAAAACACUGGAGAUGAGAGAAAAGACCCAGCACCGCAAAGAUUUUUCACCGUCUGGCUCCAUUGAGCACUUUUGGCAAGGAACAUACUUCCUGCAGCAUGUUGAUGACAAAUAUCGUAGGUCUUAUGGUCGGAAAACCAAAGAUGGGAUCGUUGAUAUCAACGGAAAUGACGUAGUUUCGGUCGCUAAUGGUCAUGCUUGA